GCAUGCUCCUACUCGUCAGUGGACUGCAGGGAUAAACUCGAAGAGGACGAAACCGAGGAGUGCUAUCAUGGUCACUAUACAUAUGGGGAUUUGGGUGAAAGGUGCUUCGGGACUGUAGGCCGAUGCCUGACAGAAAUCCUCAUCCUUGUUUCCCAGGCGGGUGGUUCUGUAGCGUACCUGAUAUUCAUUGGUCAAAAUCUUCAUUCCAUAUUCAGCCAGCAGAUGUCACCAGCUGGCUUCAUCUUUGCCAUCCUCCUGCCUGUGCAGAUCGCUCUCUCCUUCAUCCGUUCACUGUCUUCUCUUUCUCCGUUCAGUAUAUUUGCAGAUGUGUGCAAUGUCCUUGCCAUGGCAAUUGUGAUCAAAGAGGAUCUUCAGCUUUUUGAUCAUCCAUUUGCAAACAGAAGUGCUUUUAAUGGACUUUGGGCAGUACCAUUCACUUUUGGGGUUGCAGUCUUCUGUUUUGAAGGAUUCAGCAUGACCCUUGCACUGGAAGCAUCAAUGGCGGAGCGGAGAAAGUUCCGCGGGGUACUUUCUCAAGCAGUUGCCGCCAUCAUAACCGUGUACGUGUGUUUUGGAGUGUGUGGGUACUUGGCCUAUGGUGACGCCACCAAAGACAUCAUAACACUUAAUCUUCCAAACAAUUGGUCGUCAGUUGCAGUUAAGGUUGGCCUAUGUGUUGCGCUGGCGUUAACAUUCCCAGUCAUGAUGCACCCGAUCCAUGAGAUCGUCGAGACAAGGUUCAGAUCAAGCGGAUGCUUCCAGAAGCUCUCCCGCAAUGUACGUGGCGCGGAGUGGCUAGGCCUGCACUCAAGCCGCAUCCUCGUGGUGGCCAUCCUAACUGUGGUGGCGUCCUUCAUCCCUGCCUUUGGGUCAUUCAUCUCAUUCAUCGGGAGCACAAUGUGCGCGCUCCUCUCCUUCGUGCUGCCCGCCCUCUUCCAUCUCAGCAUUGUGGGCUCGUCAAUGUCCUUGUGGAGGCGGGUGCUGGACUACGUGAUUCUUCUGUUUGGUCUGGCUUUUGCAGGAUAUGGUCUUGUCACUGCACUCUCCCCACAUUGAACAAUGGCCCAAACGGUCAAGAUGUGUACAUCAGGAUUUGAACCCAAGAGACUAAGGAAGUCAUCAGCUGGACAGCGUUGCUGACAAAUCUGGAUCUUGGGAUGGCAUGGAUCAAAUGGAGAUGGCUCUGAUAUUUGUAUUGCCGGUUGUUCCAAGCAUUUUAUAUAAUGCACAGAUGUAUCUUUGUGUCUUUUCUGCACGUGGACAAAACAGAGAGUUGCCCCAUUUGACGAGUGCACAUGGGCUGUAUACGGUUUAUGCACAAGAGCAUCUUUGGUUUGAUUUGGACAUGAUUUGCUACA